AUGGCCAGCGUUUUCACCACGUUCCUCCUGACCGGGAUGCUGCUGUGUGGAGUGCUGCUGCAAACAUUGUCCCAAAAUAGAGCCAGGGUCGACAAUAGGCCCAAUUUCAUCAUCAUACUGGCAGAUGACAUCGGCUGGGGCGACCUGGACACUAACCAGGUGGAUCUGAAGGCCAACAACACACCUUACCUCAACCUGAUGGCCGAACAAGGACUGAGAUUGACAGACUUCCAUUCUCCAGCUUCUACUUGCUCCCCGUCCCGUGCUGCCAUCCUGACAGGCCGCUACGGCCUCAGAAACGGAGUGACGCAUAAUUUCGCAGUGCGCUCUGUGGCAGGUUUGCCUCUUUCUGAGUUCACAAUGCCCAGACUUCUACAACAAUCAGGAUAUUACACAGCCAUGAUCGGGAAAUGGCAUCUGGGCCACAACGGACCGUACAGUCCCACGAACAGAGGUUUUGACGACUACCUGGGCAUCCCAUACAGUAAUGACAUGGGCUGCACUGAUAAACCAGGAUAUAACUUUCCCCAGUGUCUCCCGUGUGACUCAUCUGGGCCUCAAGUGAUCAGGUUGAAGAGGAGAAUACAUGAGGGCUGUUAUUCCAGUGUGGGCCUUCCACUCUUUGAAAACAGCAGUAUUGUGGAGCAGCCGCUCGACCUGUGGACACUGACAGAAAGAUACACAUCUGCGGCCACCAGGAUCAUACACAACGCAAGGGAGCGAGGACAGCCGUAUCUGCUGUACAUGGCGUUGGCUCACAUGCACGUCCCUCUGGCCCCUCCUGUCCUUCCUGAUGCUCGGCGCACGGGUGACGGCAGCGUGUACGGAGCAAGUCUGCGAGAAAUGGACAGCCUGGUGGGGGCAGUAAAGAGCGCGUCUGAUGACGCGGACCAAAACAAUACUCUUAUCUGGUUCACUGGCGACAAUGGGCCUUGGGAGAAGAAGUGCCAGUAUGCAGGAAGUGUAGGACCUUUCGUGGGAAAGUGGCAGACCAGCAGAGGUGGAGGCUCUGCCAAGCGAACCACCUGGGAGGGAGGUCACAGGGUGCCGACAGUGGCCUACUGGCCUGGAAAGAUUCCUGCCAACACCACCAACUCUGCCCUGCUCAGUGGCAUGGACAUUUUUCCAACUCUUCUGUCUCUGGCAGGAGUUUCACCUCCUACAGACAGACGCUACGACGGCAUUGACGCCACAAACGUCCUCCUGCGUGGCGAACAGACCGGUCAUGAGUUUCUCUUCCACCCAAACAGCGGCGCUGCAGGGACGUUUGGUGACCUGCAGACGGUUCGAACAGGGAAGCACAAAGCAUUCUACAUCACAGGUGCAGCUGAGUCAUGUGGCGGUGGGACAGGCACGCAGCAGCUCCAUGACCCGCCAUUAAUAUUCAACCUGGAGCACGACGAGGCCGAGGAAACGGCGCUGGACACGGGGACACCCGAAUACCGCGCGUUAGCCGACAGGAUUGCACGCAGGCGGGAGGAGCUGCUGUGGGACAUUGCCACGGACACGUCCGUGUCCAUGGGGGACUACAGUGCAGACGAGUCUGCGGUGCCCUGCUGUGACCCGACACAGGCCGUGUGCCGCUGCCACCCGCCGGGCCGAGCAUGGGAACUCCCCGGCUCACACAAGGACUAAAGAGAGGCACAGAGAUGUAAGCAAACACAACGGGGGUAUCUCUGUUUGUUUGCAGGGUUUUUUGUUUGCCAGGUUCAACGUCCAGAUGUAGCAGCAGGAAGAGGAGACGUGCAAACAGACGGAGGAGGAGAAGGCCAAACGCUGGCCUUUCACUCGCCACGUGGUACAGGAGAGGUCAAGGUGAGGUUGUUCUCUGUAAGGUCAAUAGUUUCAGGAAGAUAAGAUCGACCAAAACAGAAAAACAGUUGACGUGUGUGGCAAGUUAUGGAUCUGUUUAUGGAGAAAUGGAAAAUUACAUUUUCAAAUGUCUUAGUUUUGUCCACAAACCAUGAUUCAGUUUGAAUGAUUCAUUUGUUAUAUAGAGCAACCAGAAAGUAUUCACAUUUACGAAGCUGAAAAAUCAAAGAACCUGACCGUCAAACCAAAUAAUCUUUGUGUUUCAGUGUAUAUUAAAUCAUAAAAAAGCCACACGGCUAUUGAAUGAUCGAUGUUUCACAGUAGAAAUACACAGCUUUCUUGUCAUUUUGUAAAUUUGAUGAAAAUAUGUUAAAAUCAAGCAAGACAACACAGGUUUUGAGUCACUUGUCCACUUUAAUGAGUCUCUGUGAUGAUGAAUGUCCUAGUAGGUGAACAGCUCAUAAAUGUGUCCUAACAAUGCCACCUUUUGGCAACUGAAAUGUUACUUCUUAUAACAGUACUCUAUAUAAAUGUGUGUAUAUGUGUAUAUAUAUAUAUAUAUACACAUACAUACACACAGUUUUCACACAGUAAAAAUCCUCAAUAUAAUUUCAUACACAUGGUCAGUGAUAUGUAAUACUUAAAACUUUUGUUUUUUUUGUUGCAAAAAGAAUAUUCGGUACAUCAAAGUAAAAAUGAUAAUGACUUAACAUAGUUAUUAUUAGUUAACAUAGUUUUCAGCAUCAAGUCGUAAAUACACAAAAGGACAUCGCUGAAAUCCACCGGCGUGUAACUGGUACGUCACGUGCGGCUCGUCGUCAAGAUUUUUUGUUUUCUUUCACAUUGAGCUGCGGACGUCCACGCGAUCAGGUUACGUUUGUGACUCCGCAGGUUUUUCAGUCUCGCCUGUCACCCGCCAUAAUUAGAAGCGCAGCUGCAUCGCAGCGGGUCACAUAAUACUUACUGCAUGUGUCAGGAUUUAAAUAGUUUGUAAUAGGCUGUCUUCUCCUUUCUUGAGUGGACUAUGCUGCUGCUCCUCCGUCUCUCGAGAUGUGAUGCAUGUAAUGCCCUAUGAUGAGCUUGAGAUGUCCCAGACAAAAAAAUGCCCUGAUAUUUAUUCAGGUGACAGGAAAAAUAAAAGUACUUUCAUGACCAGACUUUAACAUUAAGCUGCUAAAAUAAACCUCUCUUAGCCUAAGUUGACUCUAAAAUGGCUGCUUGUUGAUUCUCAGUAUAUUCAAGUCAUGUGCUCACGUCUUCGCAAGUGGACCAAUCAUGUGCUACCAUGAUAACAUUGUGCGGCAAAAAUGUUCAUUAUUUAAAUAAUGAAUGGUUUCUAAUUGCAUGAAAAAGGGAAUUAAAGGUCCAGUGUGUAACAUUUAAUAGGGUUAAUUAGCUGAAAUUGAGCAUACAGAGUGUAUAACGGCUUUAAAAUGGAAAUAAUUUGGUUUACGUAGCCUUAGAAAAGUGGCCUUGCUUUCAGGAGGAUGCCAUCUCGUGUUGACGUGUUUGUAUAGCAGCCUGAAAAAAAAAAAAAGCCAGAGCUUGUGUUUCACUUUCUGAAGCAGAAGCUUCAUGUGCAAAUGAAGAAAAAAGGCCACUGUAGUUCCCAGAUGCGCAACUCCAGUUAAUUCUUACACACUGGACCUUUACGAGCAGGACUCUCAAUCUGUUCAAGCGCAAAAAGCCUAAAAUAUUCUAAAUAUGCACGUUGUUUAACGUUGUUUUAGUGUUUUUUUUUGUCCUGAAGCUGAACACAGAAACAACAGGAAGUUGCACUCUGGCACUUUUCACGUUUUUACCCUAGGCCAGCAGGGGUACAGGUGUGAGGGACAAUACAUCAGGAAUAUCUACGUCCAUCCUCUCUUGCUCGAGAACAUGUGAGUCUGAUUGGGAUGGUGGUGGUGGUGGGGGGAGGGGAUUGGUGUUAACAGGGUGGAGGCGUUGGUCAGUUACUCUGGUUGCCGACCGGAGGGAACUCAUUCUCGUCGUCCAGACAGAUGGGGCUCUCGGCGAAUUCGUGCUCUGGAAUAACCUCGCCUUUCAGGGCUCCGCCAUCUUCAGAAUAACCUGAGAAAAGAAGUUAGGAGUCAGUUGUAGCUGAAUAAAUUUAAAAAAUAUAUAUUAAUUUUAUUGUUUUUAAAUAAUGUAAACGCAUGCAUUUAUUUUUCUUAAGAAUUUGAAAGUUUAUAGGUUACCCGUUGUAGCAGGUGGGGGCUCUAAUUAGUGAUGCACACGACGAGCACUAAGCUACUGAAGCUAGUGUUGUGAUUGUCUCUGUCCUCUAAUGUGUUAUAAAACUGAUUUAUCCUGCUAUAAGCUGAGUGGACAAGGGAUGAUAGUAAUUGCCAGCACGUUUGUGAGUGUUAUUGAGUGUUUGGGGGGGGACUAUUGUUUUACAGCCUGCUGCUGUGUUGGUGCUAACUGUUCCUCUUGCUAGACAUGUCAUUGUGUUUAAUUUACAGUAAACUGGUGUGUGUGUAUUUCUUGGACACUUUUAUUUCAGUAAUUGUUAUUAAAUGUUACAGCUGCAACAGAUUAA